GCUUUGCUGGGCUGCUGCGGGGGGAAAGAUGGAGGAGGCAGGAGGUGUUUAGGGAGAGGAGAGAUGCGGAUUAUGGCCGUACGGGAGAAAAGGAGCGAUAAACGGGAAUAAACAGAGCAAACCGAAGGCUGGCUUCGAUCAAGAGAGAGAGAGAGAUUGGAGGAAAACCGGACUAGACGGGUUCGGAGCUGCUCCUCAGCGCCUGGCUUUAUUGAUAGCAGGAUUCGUUGGUAAAAUCUGGAUUAUUUCUUUAAAAAAAAUUAUUAGUUCCAGUUUUUUGGCAGUUCGUCUCCAAAAGGAUGAAGCAAUUUUAUCCACCUUUGAGCGUGAGCUGUUACUAAAUAUAAUCGCCAUAAAGAGAAAGAGAGGAAAACACGGAUGACCACUCCAAUGACCACUGAAUGUCAACAGGAAUGUUUAGAAUAUUUACGAUGAUUCAUUUAAACCGUGGGAUUUCAUUGCAAUGAGCGCUGAAUGAGGAGAAGCUGGGCGUCCAGGACCUGAAGGAAACCCUCGAGUGCUUAAAGAAAAGAUGGAAACAGCUGCUAAUACUUUGCUCCUGCUUUGCUGGACCGUGCUGGCCGUGCUGGCCGCCUCAGUGCCCGGCAGUGGGGCCGGAGGGCUCCGUGUUGCCCUCUUGCAUCCUGCCCGCCGGCCCAGCCAGCAGGGGGCGCCGAGGAGGCGCAGGGCCGCCAGGAGAGUGACCUUCGUGGACAUGAUCGACAACCUGCGCGGCAAGUCCGGCCAGGGCUACUACGUGGAGAUGGCGGUGGGCACGCCUCCUCAGAAGUUGAACAUCCUGGUUGAUACAGGGAGCAGUAAUUUUGCAGUAGGAGCUGCAGCUCAUCCAUUUCUGCGCAGAUACUACCAUCGUUCUCUGUCCACGUCGUACAGGGAUCUGGGCCGGAGCGUGUACGUGCCAUAUACGCAGGGCCGCUGGGAGGGGGAGCUGGGGACCGAUCUGGUGUCAGUGCCUCACGGCCCCAAUGUGUCGCUGCGCGCCAACAUCGCCGCCAUCACCCAGUCAGACCGCUUCUUCAUCAACGGCUCCAACUGGGAGGGCAUUCUGGGACUGGCCUACGCCGAAAUCGCCAGGCCUGAUGAGACCCUCGAGCCCUUCUUUGAUUCUCUGGUGAGGCAGACCAGUGUACCCAACCUCUUCUCCCUGCAGCUGUGUGGAGCCGGCUUCACCCAGAACUACAGCCUGGGCAGUGCGACUGUAGGGGGCAGUAUGAUCAUUGGAGGGAUCGACCCUUCCCUUUACGUAGGAGACGUGUGGUACACUCCAAUACGCAGAGAGUGGUACUAUGAGGUCAUCAUCGUGCGCAUUGAAGUCAACGGACAGGAUCUCAACAUGGAUUGUAAAGAGUAUAACUACGAUAAAAGCAUCGUGGACAGUGGCACCACAAACCUGCGGCUUCCUCGCAAAGUGUUCCAGGCAGCUGUAAAGGCCAUUGAAGCAGCUUCAUCGACGGAGCAGUUUCCCUCUGGUUUUUGGCUGGGGGAGCAGUUGGUGUGCUGGCAGGCUGGCACCACCCCCUGGCACAUCUUCCCCGUCAUCUCUCUCUACCUGAUGAGCGAGAACCGCAACCAGUCCUUCCGCAUCUCCAUCCUGCCCCAGCAAUAUCUACGGCCUGUAGAGGACGUAGCUUCGGCGCAGGAAGACUGCUACAAAUUUGCCGUGUCUCAGUCCAGCACCGGCACCGUCAUGGGCGCUGUCAUCAUGGAGGGCUUCUACGUCGUGUUCGACCGCGAACGCAAACGCAUCGGCUUUGCUGUCAGCACAUGUCACGUUCAUGACGAGUUCCGCACAGCCUCGGUGGAGGGUCCCUUCCACGGCGUGGAGCUGGAGGACUGCGGCUACAACAUCCCGCAGACGGACGAGUCCACGCUGAUGACCAUCGCCUACAUCAUGGCCGGAAUCUGCGCCCUGUUCAUGUUGCCCCUCUGCCUGAUGGUGUGCCAGUGGCGCUUCGCCCGCUGUCUGCACCCGCUGGGCGCCGGCAACUUCGCAGAUGACAUUUCUCUCCUGAAGUGAGCCAAACCUGCAGCGGGAAGCAUGUCCACACUGCAAGAGGCCACCGUCUUGGUGACCACCGGCAGGACCGUCCCGAUGUUGGAUGACGGUGGUGGGUGGGGGAGGGGCGGUCAGUGAUGUGGUAGUGUAUAUAGUCGUACGUAUUUACACGGCAUGUCCGGUCGGACUGUCCUGAGCUGGGGAGAGUUUAUAACCCUGUAUGUGAUGUUGGUCCCGUCCCCCUUUAGUGUUUCAAAUGCAGGACCACCGUAUGUAACGUUCAUAUAUAUGCGUGUGUUGGUCUGGGAGUCCUCAGAGGACGUGUCGUCAUCGUGUAGUAUCCCGAUGUGCCCGGGGUCUAAGCUUGUUUUGUUUAUGUCAAAAAUUACUGUUGUUAACUUUAAAUCCAUUAUGUUUUGUCCUACAGUCUUAAAAAAGAUGGUUCUUUAAGGGUUCUUUAGUAAAGACAGUGGUGCUAUAUAGAACAAUGAACACCAUUUGUAUGUUUAAAGGGUUUUUUGC